GACACUUAACAAAACCCAUUGACGGCAGUGUCAUGGCGGCGAGCGGAGUCAGUUUUGAGAGUACGGGCUACAUCGAAGAAAGAAAGGAUAGUAAACGACAGUCACGACAAGAGGCGAUAGAAAAGGCCAAGCAGGAGUAUGAGAAGGAAGAGAGGAGAAAGGAGCUGAAGAGGCUGAGAGGCGAGGACACUUGGAUGCUCCCUGAGAUCAACCAGAGGCUGCAGGAGAUAGAGGAAGACGGCUCUGUAAAGAGCAAGAAGAAGAAAGAGAAGAAAUCUAAAAAGAAGAAGGAGAAAAAGAAGAAGGCCAAGAAGGAGAAGAAGACAGCAGAAGAUGGCUCUAAUGACAGCUCAGAGGACUCGGGGGGUGAGUGGGUUGAGGCUCAAACACAAGCUGCUAAAGCCUGGAAGAUUCCUGAUGAGUCCAAGCCUUCAGAGAGCAGCCUCAGCCCAGCAAAGAAUGUCGAGCGAGACGAAUGGAUGACCUUUGACUUCCUGGCAAUGAGUACCACAUCCACAACAGAGAAGAGGGCUGAGAAAGAGCGACUGAAAGAGGAGGAGAGGGCAAAGGCUCAGGCCAUUGAACAGGCUGGUUUGCACAAAUUGGAGCUAAACCCGUACUGGAAAGAUGGAGGAAGUGGUCUGCCCCCAGAGAAGAUAGCUGGUACUGCUGCUAAGAAAGGAGGGCAAGUUGUGAACGAUGCUGGUCUGGGCUGGCUGAGGAAGAGCUACCAAAGGAUGAAGGAGCAGGCAGAGAGGCAGCAGCGCAGCCUCAACGAUGUGGUGUCCGAGAGAUACGGAUCAAUGGAGGAAUUUCAGCAAAGACUUGCAGAUGCUGAGAUAGCCGUGUAUGGACACAGCACAGGAGGAGAAGGCGACCGAACAGCAAGAGGCGGGUGGAGGAAAGGCGGGAACGAGGCGAGAGAGAGAUGGAGGAAAAGAGAUGAAGAUGGGGCAGAGAGAGAUCGGUGGAGAAGAAAUGAAGGGGAGAGAGAUUCAUCACCCACAGACGGAGAGAGAUACCAUGCUGGGAGAGGGGAGGAGAGGGAGAGGGGAGGAUAUCGAGGCAGGGGGGAAGGGAGAGGUCGAGAUGGAGACAGGUUUAGAGAGAGGGAUAGAGACAGAAGAGAGAGAGAUAGGGAGAGGGAUGGAGGAAGAGACAGAGAAAGAGAUGAUGAAAGAGACAGGGAGAGGGAUGGAGGAAGAGACAGAGAAAGCAAUGGGGACAGAGACAGAGAUGCAGAUAGGGAUAAUGAAAGAAAUAGAGAAAGUGCUACAUCAUCAUCUGAGCAAAACUGGAGUCAACGUUCUCCUUCUCUUGGGUCACUUAAAAGCCGCUUCCUCAAACCCUCAGAGGAGGAUGACCGUGGUGAAGCUCCACAGCGUCGUCCUCCUCGAGCACGGCCGUCCGCAGGAUUCCUGAAACCAAGCUCUGACGAUGAAGACUCUGGUCCGCAUAACCGCAACAUGCCAGCCUGGAAGAAGAGCGGCAAUCCCGUUCGGGAAUCUGCCAGCUUUGAAAAACCACAGCAGGAGAAAGAGAGGGAUCAUGUGAAAACUGAACCUGCUCCUCAAGAUGGUCUGCAUGGAGAUAAAGCCGCUGCAACAACAUCAAGGAGUGAGAGUGAAAGUGAGGAAGAAGAGGAGGAGCUUCCACUGCUGUCAGAGGAGGAGAUGAACAAACUGGGAGCCAAACUGGUGAAGGCAGAGCUUAUGGGCAACACGGCCAUGGUUGAGAAGCUGAGAUCACAGCUGGACGCAGCACAUAAAGCCAAAGAGAGCUACGUCGCCCGAAAGACGCUACAAGAAACAGCUCAAUCAAAGCAGGUGACAGGCCGCACCAGUGAAGACCAGGAAGUCCUGCUGUUCAGAACAGACCAAUCGGGUCGCGCCUGGCCAGUCAAUGCCCCCUCUGGACCCCAAGAACCACACGGAGGUCGACGGAAGAAGAAAGCGGUUGAGACCCAUGUUGACGGUGAGCGUGUGCGCUACUUCCAGGAUGAUGACAAUGUGGGUCUGAAGGACAUGGUGAGGAGGGAGAAGAUGAGCUCUGCUCAGGAUCAGAACGCCCUCUACUCUCGCAUGGCUUCCAAGAUGAUGGGGAAGACAGACGGAGACAACUACACCCUGGAUGACAUGUUUGUGUCGAGUGCAGCGCAGCGGGAGGGCGAGGGGAGGGAGGAGGAGAGGAUGAGGAGCAGAGCCAUCGGGGAGAGUAGGAGGCUGGCUGCCUCCAUGGACAAAUGCCAGCGGUGCUUCAGCAGCCAAGAGCUCCAGAAGCACCUCAUAGUGGCAAUAGGGAGAAAGGUGUAUUUGAGCCUGCCCGCGGGGGUGUCGAUGACAGAGGGUCACUGUCACAUCUGUCCACUCCAGCAUCACUGCUCUGCCACCGGAUUGGAUGAGGAUGUGUGGUCGGAAAUGCAGCUGUUCCGGCGUACUUUGGUGCGAUUGUUUGAGUCCCAGGAGCUGGACUGUGUGUUCAUGGAGACACACAUGAACCCACGCAAAAGACAACACAUGGUCCUGGAGUGUAUCCCACUACCCCGAGAACUGGGCGAUAUGGCACCCAUAUACUUUAAGAAAGCUAUAAUGGAAUGUGAUGAGGAAUGGGCCAUGAACAAGAAGGUCGUCGACCUCUCUUCGAAAGACAUCCGCCAUGCUGUUCCUCGAGGUCUGCCCUAUUUCGCUGUAGACUUUGGACUCCAGGGAGGGUUUGCUCAUGUCAUUGAAAAUGAACAAAAAUUCCCCCAUUACUUCGGAAAGGAAGUGGUAGGAGGCAUGAUGGACUUGGAGCCGCGACGUUGGAGAAAGUUGAUCAGAGAGAACUUUGACGACCAGAGGAAAAAAGUCCUACAGUUCGCACAGUGGUGGAAACCCUACGACUGCACCAAGACUGACGACUAGCUGGACGCACUCUCAGAGAGGUUUACUCUUUGCUGAGUAGUGAAGAUUACACGCACACACAAACACAAACACACUGUGGUGUAGACACUGUUGCACCUACGUAUUCAUAAUUUGAUGUAA